AUUACAUUGUCUUACUACAUAACAAACAUGGAACUUUCUCUUAUACUGAUGGCGCUUUGUGCUAUGUUGGCGUACUGGUAUUUGAAAAUACAUUUUGAAGUGUUCGAGCGAAAUGGUAUACCCGGGCCGAAACCUGCUUUUCUUCUUGGGAACAUCAUCGAAAUGAUGAAAAAGGGACAGCUGCAAGCAAUUAGAGACUGGAGAAAGACUUACGGGACAGUUUUUGGAUAUUUCGAAGGGUUUACCCCGGUUCUUUCUGUUAGUGACCCGGAUGUCGUUAGGGAGGUUCUGGUGAAAGACUUCGCAAAUUUCCAGGCGAGAAAGCCGUUUCCUCUUGCCCCAAGGAAGAGUCUCGGUCUCUUUCUGGAAAAUGGCCAUCAAUGGCGACGCAGCCGCAGUCUCUUAUCUCCGGCCUUCAGUACCAGCAAGCUUAGACAAAUGACAAAUGUUAUGGAGCAACAGGUGGACAAACUUCUCCAAAACCUCGGCAAGCAGCAGGGCAAGGGAAACUUCUUCGACAUAUACAGAGAGUUCCAAAGCCUCACGUUGGAUGUGAUUGGCCGUUGUGCCUUUGGUCUCCAUACAAAUGCGCAGAUGGACGUAUCUGAUGAAUUCCUUAACAAUAUCCAGUCUCUGUUCAGGAACAUGAGUACCACCCUGAUCUUACCAAUAGUCAUGUUGUUCCCGUUCGUGCAGUAUUUCAUAUUCGCCAUUAAGAACGUUGUGCUCGCCAUCGGCAUGAACCCCGUAUCCUGGCUUCGGCGUCGACUAAUCGAUGUUAUCCGGAUCAGGCGAGAGAUUGGGAAUGACGGAUCUGUGACCGACCUCAUGCAGCAAAUGUUGUUUCAUUCCAAAAAACACCAGCAAAUGUCUGACAGAGAAAUUGUUGCACAAAGCCUUACGUUUUUGCUUGCUGGAUAUGAAACAACCAGCGCUGUUCUAGCGUUCCACUGUCACGUACUUGCCCAGAAUCCAGAAGCCCAAAUUCGUCUCCGUAAAGAAAUUAAACAACUCGGACAGGAGAGAAUAAGUUACCAGUCAAUACAGAAGCUGCCCUAUUUAGAUAUGGUGUUUGAUGAGGUCUGUCGCCUGUACCCUACCGCCUCCUUGAUUGUCACGCGCCAAGCUGCUGCAGCUCGCACGUAUGGUCACGUGCACAUUCCCGCUGGUAUGAACGUGCAGGUGGACGUUUGGGGACUUCACCAUGACAGCAAAUUCUGGAACCAACCCCAGAAAUUCAUGCCAGAACGGUUUUCCGCAGAAAACAAGUCCAAGAUAAGACCUUACACAUUUAUUCCUUUUGGGGCUGGCCCACGUAACUGUAUCGGAUCCCGAUUCGCCAUGUUGGAAACUAAGAUCGCUGUUGCUCGUAUCAUCAGGGAUUAUGAGCUGAAGUCCGCCAAGGAUCAACAGGAAGACCUUGCCCUACUGUGUCGCGGCGCUAUCGUUCCUAAAGACGGAGUCCAUGUGAAGCUGAUUCAGACACGAAAUGCGAAAGCCGGAUGAAAUUCGUUUCGAUUAAUUCGUGGAUUCUAAAAUUGACAUCGCCCAGUCAAUACAUGACGGCUACCCAAUAGAGGUGUAGUAAGGUGACAAGCGUCUAGCCGUACGAAGCUCUCCCAGCAGAAGAUUGCGUCGACGCCCUGCUGAUCGGCCACGCCCUGCUGAUCGGCCACAUGGGUCUAGAUCCAAAGUCGACUCCCCUGUAAAAGUUCUUUUUAAAGAUUUAUGCAAACAUUGUAUAGGUGUUUUGGAUGAAACAUUGGACGUGUACAAUAAGGAAAUUUGAUUAGAACAUAGCUAAAUCAUUUCGUGGAACUGUUUACAGCCAUAAUUAGCAAUUAUUGGUGAGGAUUCCUGAGGAACUGCUCUUGUGAAAAAUAUGGACAACUUAUCAGUAUAUAUAACUACACAUGGUAAAUACUAUUGUGGAGUUUAUCGACAUUCUGUCGGUGCAGGUAAAUAUAUUACCAAGAUAAAUCUAGUUCAUUUGUUUAAAUGUAUUAAAAUGUUAACAUAGAUGUGAAUUAACUAUUCUACUUCAAAAUAACAGUUUUCUGACUGAACUGUAGUUUCAUCGAAGUAUAAUCAAUAUAUAAAUUAACAUCUAUAUGCUAUAGACAUAGAUGUCGUUGAUCAGACAAUAUGAAUUAUAUGUAUUUUUAUUGUUAUUGUUUCGUUAUCAUUGUAGUCAAAAUCGAAUCUCAUUUUUUUCCAAUGUAAUAUGUGACUUGUUUCAAAACCAGGUCAUCUUUUAAUUUAAGGUUCUACCAAUGUAUGGUUUUGUUUUCAUUGUAAUAAGAUAUGUCAAUGUUUACUAACACUUACUAACAUUCUCAGUGUAUCUGUCGACUGUAUACCGACGGAAAUAUAAAUACAGUAUUAUUUUUCCUUACACAUUAUAAAGCAUCCAGAUGUAUAAAAUUAUUCAAAAAGAACUUUCUGUAUUUUACAGUCAAAUUUUCUUAUAACUGAUGUUUAAGAUUUAAUUUAAUUAUCACUUUUCUAUUACUCUGAUUUGUAAUACAGUGGUGAUAUUUUGUUAUAAGAGGAAACACAUUUCAAAUACGAUGUCAUUCAAAAUCUUGUUUUUGUAACAAAAAAAACGGUAUAUUUUUUCCAUUAUUUGAUUACUUGAGUGGUAAUCAAAUCUCAAAUUAUAUUUUUUCUAACGUUAUUUCUGUUAUUAUGUUCUGUUAACACAACGAUUCACAUCAUUUGUAUAUUAUUUAUUUAUCGGCCAUGUUGCGACACACGCGCAUUGUUCUUUUUUUAUGCUCAAGUAACACAUAUCUGUUUGUGUAGUUUGAAUCACUAUGUUGCUUGUUUGUGAUAUAUUUAUACUUGUUUUCAAAUUGAUGAAAUAAAAUUAUCAUCAGAACUAAAAUCAA